AGAUCUUUCUACAUGUGUAAUCGAAAUUUGGCUCUUUUUUAAGAGAGAAACGAUGUUUUCUUUGAACGGCGGAAAAAAGUCUUUAUGGGCUCUAGAGAUUUCUUCAGCAGUUUGCCGGAUGAGAAAUGAUGGCUUCUCUGAUUUCAUGGAGAAAACGGUUGCUCUGCUAAGCAACUGUCCCAUCAAGAGACUCACUCUCAAUUGCCACUAUGAACAAUCUAGUGUUGACCAUUGGAUUCGCAGUGCUCUCGAACGCGGCUGCUUGGAACUAAACUUGCAGUCCCAAUAUGCUCAUUCUCUGGAUAUAGGGAUCUUCUCGCGCAAUAAUACAUUGGUUAAACUCACACUAUCUAGUUUUCGAACUUUUGUUCAAGGGAAUUUUCCACCUGAUGGCACAGUGUUUUUCCCUGCGCUCAAGACACUUUCCCUCGGUGCUGUUGUGGCUGAUCCUGCUCUCUAUAAUUGGCUCAUCUCUGGAUGUCCUGUGCUCGAGGAAUUAUUAAUACGUGAUGUUGGUGACGGUGAUGAUGACCAGCCAACUUGGACGAGAUCUGUGGUUAGUGCAUCCAUCAAGCGACUCACGAUUUAUUUCCACUAUCCUCUUGACACAUAUCCUUAUGAAGACGAUGUUGAGAUCAAGACACCGAAUCUUGAGUUUCUUGACUAUUCUGCUCUCCUCUCCGAUGGUUCUGAUGUUGAUUAUCUGGAUUCGCUUGCCGAAGCUAGACUGGAUCUUCGAUUGUGGGAGUUACCUACCACAGAUAGAAGUCCUCCUUCUGAGGUGGAGGGAAGGUGUUGUUUAUCGACAUGUCGAGUCAAAGUGCUAGAGAUUUCAGGCUAUGGAGGAAGUUAUAGAGAGGUGAAACAAAUGGAGCAUUUCUUGGGAAAAUUGAAAUAUCUUGAAACUGUGAAAAUUGGUGUUGAAGAAGACAACAACAGUGAGUACUUGCGCGCCAAUCUUAUGACUCUUGCUAGAGCUUCAUCAAAGUGCAACAUCCAAUUCAUCUGAUUUCUCGCUCACUCUGUCUGUCACUAUCCCGUUUGUGGUUUUGUGGCUGAGAAUUGGUGUGAUGGUAAUGUGGAAGAGACUAAAAAACAAGUUAAACA